GGUUAGAUAUAAAAAUCAUCAAAUUAAACCAGCAGCCCAUUUGAAACUCUUUGCCUCAGUAUCUCGUCUGGAAGUCUUUGAGUGAAGUUGUGUUGGAGAGAUUCUUUUCCUCUUUUUAUUGAUUUGCAGCAUGAUGACUGGGCUGUUUGCUCUGCUCCCUGUGCUCCUGGCUGCCCUGAAGCUGGCUGCCUCGCGAGGAGACGAAUCUCCCUCUGUCACUGGGCAGGAGCUCUUCAGAAGAGUGGUGGACCUUCUGGUGCCAGGGGAGGACAUCCUGACUGAGACGGCAGUCACCUCUUUACUAAGUGUCUUGGAGAACCGUGUGCAGUGUUCCGAGGUGCCGUGUGAAAAGUGUUUUUCAGCUGAUGAUAUUUUUGAAUUUGAUGGGAAGAACAGCAGCAACAACAACAGAACACUGACAUCGGAUGACUUUUUUCGUGUUGCUCCCGGCUUGCUGCUUUUCCUGAGUGACCCACAGAGAGUGUGCCAGGACAUACAGUCCAACAAGUGGGUGGAAGAAACAAUGGUGUUUGCAGAAAAUCUACUGAGGGCAAAUGAUACAAGCCAAAUCCAUGAGCUCACCUCUCACCAGGUGGAAGAAGUACUGCAGAAAAUACAAAAGAACUAUCUGACAGUGGCCAAGGGUCAGCCCUGUGUCAACUCAACUCAAAUCUUAGAAGAGUAUGAAUUGGUGUCCAACGGAAUGGCAGGAAUUAAUGUUGGCCACUUUUCUGCUGUAGUCCUUUACCACGUCUUACGAGGCGACUGCAUCCUCCAGCACCUAUUGCCAGGGCCUGAGUACUUCCUUAACUUUAUCUUUCACAUGUACCAUAAUGAAUCCAGGAACUUCACCAGAACAGAACUUGAAGACUUGAUGAGUAAAAUUGGUUUAGCUCAUGAUAACCAAGAAGAUCCAGACCACGGGCAUAGUGAAGGUCACGGGCAAGAGAGUGAAAGUGAACAAGGUCAUGAACACGAGGAAGAGCAUGACCAUAGUUCCCAUCGGCUGGCAAAUCAUAACCAGGAGGAGAAGGAGAAUACUACCUGGAACAUGAAAUGUUUUAGCUCCAGUGAAAUAAUGAUCAUCCAUCAGAUUGCGGCCAACGGCAUGAUUUCCCAGAGUGAUUUUGUUCAGCUGAGCCCUGCAUUAAUCCAGCAACUUCUGAGUGGAGCCUGCACCAGAACACAUCCAGGCACAGGCCGGCAGCAGUUUCAGCUGACCACUGCUGAAAGAUAUAUUUAUGGAUCAAUUGCAACGUUGCUUGUCAGCCUUUGUGCAGUGGUUGGGAUCGUGGUCGUUCUGUUCACCAGCUGUACCACUGCUUACCAGUAUGUCAUACAGGCGUUUGUAAGUCUGGCUGUGGGGUCACUCACUGGUGAUGCUGUGCUGCAUCUUAUACCCACGUUUCUUGGUUUACACUCUCACAGCAAUGGUCCUCAACACUCGGCACCCCCUCACAUCUGGAAGCUGUUGGCUGUUCUUGGAGGCAUCUAUAUAUUCUUUGUGAUGGAAAAGCUAUUUGGAAUAUUAAUCAAAGAUGAUGAUGAAAUGGAGCAUCACCAUUGCGAUCAUGAGUUGGCACUUCAAGCAUUUAAAAAGAAUCAGAAGAAUGAGCAGAAGAAAAAACAGACUGCAUCACAGGUUGAAUUGGUGUCCUCUGAAGUGUCCUUCGAAGGUGACGCGAGUGUACGUCCCAAUAAAGGUUUGCGAGUGCUGCCAUACAUGAUAGUGAUUGGCGACGGUAUCCAUAACUUUGCAGAUGGGCUGGCAUUAGGGGCAGCUUUCUCUGUCUCCUGGAAAUCUGGCCUUGCCACAACACUUGCAGUUUUAUGUCAUGAACUCCCUCAUGAAAUGGGUGAUUUUGCAGUUCUGCUGCAUUGUGGAAUUUCUGUGAAGAAAUCUAUCAUCUUGAACUUUGGCAGUGCCUUGACUGCAUUUAUUGGACUCUACAUAUCAUUAGGAGUUGCGACAGAUGAACUAGUGCAAGAAUGGAUCUUCACUGUAGCAGCAGGGCUCUUCCUAUAUGUGGCUCUUGCAGAUAUGCUUCCAGAGAUGUUGCGAGCAAAGAGCAAAAAUCCCUGGAUUCUAUUCCUUCUGCAAAAUGUGGGAUUAUUCGUUGGCUGGGCCAUUUUACUUUUGUUGUCACUCUAUGAAGAGCAAAUUCAAUUUGGAUAGAGCACAAUUUUUCUGCUCUGAAUAUUUUCUGUUGGGGCAGUUUAUGCAGAUCUUUAUUUUAAUCUUCACUGCGGGACAGUGGGCUGUAGUUAAAAAGAUGAUGGUGGAAGUUAUCUAUUGAGAAAUGUUUGAUCAGGCUAGCCAAUAUAAUGCAAUUUUAAGAGGUACGUGAGGAUACGCUUGGUCCCCAGAACGCCACCCAUCUUUCAAUUUUGAGGCCUCAUGAAGGAAGAAAUAAACAAAUAAAUAACACCAAGACUUUAUUAAGCCGACCAGAGGAUUUUGCAUUGACUGAAAAAAAAGUUGUCCUCACAAAAAAGCUACAUUCUAAUGGUGCUUGGGUUACUAUUGUUUACAAUAUGCACAGAUGAUUAAGAAAUAGAGUCUAAAACAUAGAUAUAUAAUUUACUGGUGUUGCCAAAGGUGUAACUUGGGGUUUAUAAAUAACGUGGACAGAGAAGACCAUAUACUAAGGGAGUUGGAUACAGUGGUCAGUACUAUUUAACAUGGGUAAAUCAGAGAGAUAGGGAAGUAAGUGGUAGCAAAUGAAAAUCGACAUUAAUAAGUAUGGUGAUGGUAUCCAGAGGUAUUGUGGAGAGUGGCAGAAAAGUGAGAAUGGUUGAAGUAACAAGGUAAGAGGAGGUGAACCACAGCAUGUGUCAGGGAGGAAACAGCAAGGUGUACAGUCAUGGAUGCAGAAGUCAAGUUGCAGAAAUCAUUCAACAAUUUAAACAAUGUAAAUAAAUUUGAGCAAAACACAAAGUGCUGGAGGAACUCAGUGGGUCAGUUAGCAUCUGUGGAGGGAAUGGACAGAUGGCGAUUUGGGUCAGGACUCUUCUUCAGACUGAGUUCCAUCUUCUCCAGUCUGAACCAGAAAUGUCUGUCCAUUCCCACCACAGAUGCUGCCUGACCCACAGAUUUCCGCUAUCACUGAGUUUCGAUUAACGUUCCAGCAGCUGCCAUUUCUUGCGUCUCCAUGUGUCAAUUAAACUCUGAUAACAUAUAUAUGACAGAUCAUCCACCACUUUUGUUAUGAAGGUAAGGUGAUCUAAACUUGUUGUUGAAUUAGAUUGGCUGUGAUUUUUCAUAUGCAAGUACACAUAUGUAAAAUUACAGUCAAUCUGCUACAACAAAUGCAUUCAGUGAGUAACUGAGGCAAAUCUGUAAUUUUGGUACAUUAUAAUUUUGUAAAUGUGUUAAAUGAUUCCAAACAUUUUCCAUUUGUCAUUGCUUUUAAAAAUUGAAUAACAUUUGACAAAAUGUCAGCCUUGACUCAGCUGUAAGGCUUGGCUCUGGGUUGGAAAGAUCAAACCCCUUGACACUGGAUUCCUGAAGGCGAGACUUAGUUGGAACGUUUUGUUAAAGCAAAGCUGGUGAAAUGGUGCAAGACAUUGGUACAUCCUGUGACGUUACUGCUAACGUGGGUUGACCAUGUUUACAUAAUACAAUGAUAACGUUCAUAUCUUUGAGUCAUUUCAACAUCAAGUGGAGACUGCCACUGAUGGAAAGGUUGACUUUGGGAGAGUCAUUUAAUUGAGUAUCUGUGUGGUCUCACAAGUGGUACGAAAGACUGUUGAGGAAGUUAAAUACAAUUAAUUCGAUAAAGGUGGAAUAAAAAGUCGGUAGUGAUAAUGAUGAAAGUACCCGAACUAAAACCCAUCCGUUUUAACAACAUUGUUCAGGGGAGGAAGUUUGCCCUUGAACAUCUGGUCUAUAUAUUAGACAAGAACCACAGCAAAGUGAUUUAGACUGUUUUCUAAACCUCCAGAAAUCAGAGGUGCAAAAGGGACUUGAGAGUGCUGGUGCAGGAUUCCCAAAUAGUUAAUCUGCAAGUCGAAUCAGUAGUAAAGAAAGCAAACUCAAUGCCAGCAUUUAUUUCAAGAGGGCUUGUAUACAAAAACAGGGAUGUUAUGUUGAGGCUCUAAGGCGCUAGUAAGGCCUCAUUUGGAAUAUUGUGAGCAAUUUUGGGCACCAUGGCUGAGGAAGGAUGUGCUGGCUCUGGAGAGGGUCCAGAGGUUUACAAGAAUGAUCCCAGGAAUGAGAGGGUUAACCUACAAUGAGCGUUUAUCAGCACUGGGCCUGUACUCG